UUGCCACGUAUCAUCUCAACGGACGAAGCCAUUUGACGCUUAACUUUUCAGAACGAUAAGAAAUCUGAAAGAUCAAUUGUUCAAAGCCUCAAUCGUCGACCAUUAAAAGAUGGAAUCAAGAGAAGGAAGAAAUGUGUCUUACAUUCGUUCAAUAUUUAUUGUGGUUCAAAAGAAACUUGCUCAGUUUUUCAUCGAACAAUGGAACUCUCAUUACAAAUCAACUGAUGGAGAAUGGGAUGACACAAACAUCAGUGGAAACAAAUUUUACAAACAUGAAAUACGUCAAAUGCUUCCUCGAAGAGUAGCAAUGAGUUUUCGCGAUGGAGAUACCAGUAAAUGGGACUGUACAACAUUAUUUUAUGCAAUACAUUUUUCAAAUUCAAUUGGAAAGUAUCUUGAUGAAAAAACAAAGAAUGCUUUAGAUGAACUUCGUCGUGAAAGAAACGAAUACGUACAUUGGAGGGAAAGCGAAUGCUCAGAUGAUUAUUUUGAUAAAAUAGUCUGUAACAUUGAAAAUUCAUUUAAGCAAUUGCGAUUUUCUCUCGAUGAAAUCAUUGAAAUAAAGGCUCAUCGAAGCAGUUUUAAAGAUGUCGGAAAUUCUUCUGGCGUUGAAAAUAAAAAACAAGAGUACCGGAGAUUAGUGGGAGUAUAUGUUUUUAUCCAGAUAGAAAUUAUGUUUUUUGCUCCUGGCUUACAACAUGUUAAAACAAUUAAAAAAACAUCACCAAGUCCAAGUUCUAACAAAAGUUUUCUUCAAAUACAGUCUUCAAUCAACCUUUUACUUUAA